AUGAGUUCCGAAGAUACAUUCCGAAGCACCAAAAUGUGUAAAAUGGAAGAAAAAUUCCUGUUGAUCCAGAAAACACCCACAGAAUUUAUCGGCAGAUACCCUUUGGAGCCUUUCAGAGAAGAUGCCAGAGGCACUUACGGAGGUGAAUUUGUUGCUCAGAGUCUUAGGGCGGCAUGGGACUCAAUUGAGGAUCGGGAGUUUGAUAUUCAUUCGUUGCACUCCUAUUUUUUAAAAGCCGGACUGAAGGAUUCGGUAAUGCGCUAUGAGGUGACCACAUUGUCCCUGGGCCGAAGCUUUUCUUCAAAAUUGGUGAAAUGUUACCAGCUGCACAACGACCAACUUUGUUUUACCCUAAUGGCAUCUUUUACGAGGAACAAUAAUAUCCAACAAAGAAAACUAGAAUUCUCGAAAUUGCCCGAGAAGGAAAUGCGUCACCCUAGAACAAAAGUGCCUUUCGAAUUCCUGAGGUCCCCUCAUUACACAUUCCACAAGUAUGUCGACAAGCUACAAUCUAUGCCGUUCAUGGAGCACACAAACGGAAAUUUGUCACAUAUAUUUGUCCCUGAGACGUGGAGUGCGCCAGAAGAUGAAAUGGAGAAAGACCCCGGCGCUCGCAAGUUUGGUUUAUUUUUCAAGGUGAACGACAAUGUGGCUUCUGCCCAUGACGUAGAGAAAGCCAAGAUGGUGGACUUCGCGUUCGCUUCGGAUUCUCUCUACUUGAGCACCGUGAUGAGAGCUGUGCUUCCCAAAUUAGACUAUAAAAAGGGGAACUUCUUUCGCGUAUCUUUGGAUCACACAGUAUAUUAUCAUGAUACCAAUUUUGAUCCUACUGAGUGGAUGUACUUGGACUAUAAGUUUGAGCGAUUGAGUAACGACAGAGUCCUAGUCACCAGCCGGUAUUUUACCACUGACGAGCGGUUGGUGGCGAUUGCACUGCAAGAAGCAUUAUGCUUCUUUCCAUUGGAACUAAUAGAAAAUAACAAAUUAGGGUCAUACAAGCUUUGA